AUGUUGACUGGAAAGGAAUCGUGGACACUAACAAGGCAAGUGCUUUGCUUUAUUACGGUAUCCUGCUUUGCUGAUUUGAUUUCUGGACAGAUCCGCUAUACAAUUCCCGAAGAACUAAAACACGGAGCUUUUGUUGGGAAUGUAGCUGACGAUUUGGGUUUAGACGUCCGUAAGCUAUCAGCCAGGAGGCUGCGCAUCGUUACAGACGCUUCAAAGCAAUAUUUGGAAGUAAAUUUGGGAAAUGGCAUUCUGUUCGUGAAUGAAAAGAUAGAUAGAGAGCAGCUCUGUGGUCCGAGCUUCAACUGUUUUCUGCAUCUGGAAAUUGUUAUUGAAAAUCCUCUUGAACUAUACCGUAUUGAAGUGGAGAUCAUGGAUAUAAAUGAUAACUCCCCAAGUUUCUUGAGGAAGGAUAUUUCUUUGGAAAUUAUAGAAUCAGCUUUGCCGGGCACACGAUUCCCUCUCGAAAGUGCUCAUGAUCCCGACGUGGGUACAAACUCUGUCCGGACCUACAGGCUAAGUCCGAAUGAACAUUUUAUCUUGGAUGUCGAGACGCGGAGCGAUCACAGCAAAUAUGCUGAGUUAGUGCUGGAGAAAUCACUGGACCGAGAACAACAACAAAUCCAUCAACUAAUUCUGACUGCCGUUGAUGGCGGGGUUCCAGUCCGAUCUGGCAGCGCUCUACUUUCCGUUAUUGUGUUAGAUGCCAAUGAUAAUCAACCCGUCUUCGGACAGACAACUUACAAAGUUUCCUUGGAAGAAAAUGCAACAAAGGGGACAUUGGUGUUAAAACUGAAUGCCAGCGACUUAGAUGAAGGCUCCAAUGGUGCGAUAGUAUAUUCUUUCAGUCGGCAUACUCCCCCUAGAGUACAAGAACUGUUUAAUGUUGAUUCCCACACAGGUGAAAUUAGAGUUAAAAGUGUAAUAGAUCACGAGGAAGUGAAUAGUUAUGAAUUCUAUAUACAAGCCAAGGAUAAAGGCGGUCCAUAUGCAAUACCUGCGCACUGCAAAGUUCUCGUUAAUAUAAUAGAUGUAAACGAUAAUGCUCCUGAGGUGAUUCUAACUUCGCUGUCCAGCCCAGUCAUGGAAGACGCGAUGAUCGGGACAGUAAUUGCUCUCAUCAGUGUUACCGAUCCAGAUUCUGGAAAGAAUGGGCAAAUCAACUGUGUGAUUUCUCAGGACGUUCCAUUUAAAAUUCAGUCGUCCUUUAAUAACCAUUACACACUGAUGACAGCCGAGUCCCUGGACCGUGAAAAAGUAUCAGAGUACAAUAUCACCAUUACCGCCAUUGAUUCUGGAUAUCCAUCUCUUUCUACCAACAAGUCUAUAAUACUAAAGGUCUCAGAUGUGAAUGAUAACGCGCCAAGAUUUUCGAAGCCAUCAUACACAGUCUAUGUCACCGAGAAUAAUCCACCCGGCGCCACAGUUUGCUCGGUGACAGCAUUUGACCCUGAUUCGAAUCAAAAUGCUUAUCUGUCCUAUUCUAUCCUGGACAGUAUGAUUCAAGGAUUACCUUCGAGAACCUACGUUUCGAUCAACUCGGAUAAUGGGAAAGUUUACGCAUUACGUUCCUUUGAUUACGAGCAACUUAAGGAUUUUCAAAUUCAGAUCCAAGCUCAGGAUGCUGGAUUUCCACCACUUAGUAGCACCGUCAAAGUAAAUGUAGUUAUCUUGGAUCAGAAUGACAAUGCGCCCGUUAUUCUGUCCCCACGGCCAAAUAACGGUUCAGCUGCACUUCAGACAGUAUCGCGAACUGUGGAUCCAGGCCAAUUGGUAACCAAAAUAAUUGCCACGGAUGCUGAUUCUGGGCAGAACGCUAAGCUCUCCUAUCAGCUGUUGCAGGCCACAGAUCCCACUCUGUUCAACAUUGCGGUCCAUACAGGAGAAAUAAGGACAACCCGGCGCUUCGGGGACAGGGACGCCUCUAAGCAAAGGCUUCUCAUCCUUGUGAAGGACAAUGGCCAAGCGCCACUUUCAGCCACAGCCACCAUUAUAUUUUCAAUAAUGGACAUCAUUACAGAAAUUCUGCCUGAAAUCAGCAAUUUGUCUGAAAAUACAGAACACAAUUCCAGCUUAACGUUUUACUUAAUUAUCAGCUUAGGGUCCUUUUCACUUCUAUUUAUCGUGGCCAUAGUUAUUAUCUCUGCUAUUAAGUGCCACCAAUAUAGAAAUAAUGUUCGCGAUCACAGCACGCCUUUUGGAAAUUGCUGCUGUCUUCAGCAUCUCAAUUCGCCAGAUAUAUUGAAAACAUCCAACAUAAAUCUCCAAGUUACAGCGAGUUCUAAAGUACCAUCUGAUUUUUUGGAAGUGGGUGGAAGUGGGCCCUCCUCUCAAAUGUAUUAUUACAGGGUCUGUUUGACUCCGGAAUCUGCCAAGAGUGAUUUUACUUUCCUCAAACCAUACAGUCCAGCAAAAUCGAAAGUCGGGGAUAGUAAAGCAGACACGUGUGGUGUGGAAUGGAAUGCACCAAAAACUUUAAACAACGACGUUUCAGAACCAAAUUGCAAAAUCAAAGCCAUUAAAUAUCGUCAGUGGGAUGGGAAUACAGCCAAUCAGGUGAGAAGUUGA